AUGCGAAGGGGAAGUAGUGUCACCAUGGCCGCUAGGAAGGUCUCGCCAUUUCGACUGGCCGCCCUCCUCCGGGAGGAGAACGAUCCCGCCGCCGCCCUCCGUCUCUUCCAGAGCCCCAACUCCGGCGACGCGCCGCCAUCUCCGGCGAGGCCCUUCCGCUACAGCGCGCGAUGCUACGAUCUCGUCGUCACCAAGCUCGGGAGGGCGAGGAUGUUCAGCGAGAUGGAGCAGAUCCUCGAUCAGAUGGGAAAGGAAACGAGGUUCUGCCCCAAGGAGGUUCUCUUCUGCAACGUCAUCUCCUCCUACGGCCGGGCUCGCCUGGCGUACCCCGCCGUCCGUACCUUCCUCCGGAUCCCCUCCUUCCGCUGCCAGAGGACCAUCCGGUCCUUCAACUCCCUUCUUCACGCGCUUCUCCACUGCAGAGAUUUCGCAGCUGUUGAGGAGUUUUGCAGAGACAUGGAGAGCUACGCCGUGUCGCCGGAUACGUGUACUUACAAUAUACUGAUUAAUGCUUACUGCUCCGUCAGGAUGCCCGACCGCGCCUGGGAUCUGUUCGUCGAAAUGCGGAUGAGAGGGAUCCAACCCAGUGCCGUCACUUUUGGCACCUUGAUCUCCUUCCUCUGCUCGAAUUCGAUGCUGAAGCGGGCAUUCGAGCUAAAAGAGGAGAUGAUGAGACUGCACAAUGUGACACCCAACGCAUUCAUCUACACUUCAUUAAUCAAAGGCCUUUGUGGGAACGAUGAACUGGACUCUGCUCUCCGCAUCAAAGAGGAGAUGUCGGAUGAGGGGGUUCGAUUGGAUGCGGCAGUAUACUCUACUCUGAUCAAGGCUCUGUUUGAGGCGGGGAGGAAGGGAGAGGUCGUCAGUCUUCUGGAGGAGAUGAGAGCAAGCAAGCUGGAGCCCGACGCGGUCUGUUACAACGCCAUUAUCUCCGGAUUCUGCGGCGAGAACGACUUCACCGCCGCCUUUGGUGUCCUCAGUGAGAUGGCGAGGAGAGGGUGCAAGCCUGAUGUGGUCAGUUAUAAUGUAAUCCUGUCGCGGUUGUGUCGACAGGGAAGAUAUGAAGAUGCAAGGGAGCUGUUUGACGAUAUGCCGAGGAGAGGGUGCCUCCCCGACAUUGUCUCUUAUAGGAUACUCUUUGAUGGGCUAUGUGAAAAGAGUCGGUGGAAGAAGGCGGUGGCUCUGCUCGAGGAGAUGAUGUUCAAAGGAUAUCGACCUCGUCCUGAGAGUCUGUCUAGGGUUGUCGAUGGGCUGGGUGAAGCUGAUGAUGUUGAUUCUCUGGUCUCUCUCGUAGCUGCUGCUGCCAGAGGAAAUAGCACCGACUUGAGUAUGUGGAAUGCGUUGACUCAGAGAAUUUGCAGAGAGUUUGACCAGGUGGAAGCAUGUAGACUCGUGGAUCAUCUGAGAGUGUGA